GGUCGUCCUUUGCGUCUAAUAUGUUGCCGCGCUCAGCCUGGUCAAAGCGGAGGAGCUUGGGAUAGCGUCACCCGAGAGAGGGGAGCACGAGAGGGACCGCCAUCCACGCCAGAGCGCUCUCCGGAGGAACCAUGUCUGUCAUGAUGGUGAGGAAGAAAGUGACUCGGAAAUGGGAGAAAUUACCGGGCAAGAACACCUUCUGCUGCGACGGGCGCGUCAUGAUGGCCAGACAGAAAGGCAUCUUCUACCUGACGCUCAUUCUCAUCAUGGGGACCUGCUCGCUCUUCUUCGCUUUCGAGUGUCGCUACCUUGCGGUGCAGCUGUCCCCGGCCAUCCCAGUGUUCGCAGUCGUGCUCUUUCUUUUCUCUAUUGCCACUCUGCUACGGACAAGUUUUAGCGACCCCGGGGUGAUACCCCGGGCAUUGCCGGACGAGGCGGCUUUCAUUGAAAGGGAGAUUGAGGCAGCCAAUGGAAACGUGCCGCAAGGUCAGCGCCCGCCACCUCGUAUUAAAAAUGUCCAGAUCAACAAUCAGAUCGUUAAGCUGAAAUAUUGCUACACGUGCAAAAUCUUCCGGCCUCCUCGAGCAUCGCACUGCAGUAUCUGCGAUAACUGUGUGGAGCGUUUUGACCAUCACUGUCCAUGGGUGGGGAACUGCGUGGGAAAGAGGAAUUAUCGAUACUUCUACCUCUUCAUCCUGUCCUUGUCCCUUCUGACAAUCUACAUAUUCGCCUUCAACAUCGUCUAUGUCGUCCUGAAUUCCUUAGAAGUCGGCUUCCUGAACACGCUGAAAGAAAGCCCGGGAACUGUCCUGGAGGUGGUCAUCUGUUUCUUCACACUGUGGUCUGUGGUGGGAUUAACUGGAUUCCAUACAUUCCUGGUAUCACUGAACCAGACCACCAAUGAGGAUAUUAAAGGGUCUUGGACGGGUAAAAACCGCGUACAGAACCCGUACAGUCAUGUGAACAUCAUGAAGAACUGCUGCGAAGUGUUAUGCGGUCCUGUUCAGCCCAGCGUGCUCGACAGGAGAGGGAUUUUACAGGAGCCCAUCAGUCUUCCAGGGCAGUCUGAGCCGGAAAACUGCACCCCGCCGCAAGAUUCCGUGGCUGCAGCCCCGCUGAUGCCUACAGAAGCUCCAGAGGCAACGGCUAAGGAGGGACCAACAGAGCCCAACGCUCUGGAAAUGACUGUUCAAGCCCCCAAAGAGCUCGAAGAAAGGCCGGAUACAGAAAAGUAGAGGCUCGUUAAAAAAGGAUUUCUCUGUGAAAAACGAAAGUCGCCUGACGCGUUGGUGCAACGACGUUGCAAAGCGACGGGAGGCCCUACAAUUUUUCUUUUAGUAUUUGCUUGUGUUCAUUAUGGAGGUGGUGUCUUGCGAGAUGAAGAUUUAUCCUUUAUCAGUAUAGAAGCGUGUGCAACGAAAUAAGACUACAGGUGCUAGCCCAAAAUGCCAAUCAAUGACUCGACCCUGGAGAGUGCUACAAAGCGAGAGGCCGGUCCUACUGGGCCGUAGUGCAGCGUCUUGUGUUUUUUUGUUUUUUUCUGUUCGGGAGCUGGUUCUUCGGACUUCUAUUUACACUUGUAUUAUGCAUCUUCCCCGGUCGACGGCAAAAAACCUCAGUCUGUCCGCCAAACACCGCUUGCAGGAGGAUAGAACUGGUCUGUCUAUCGGGGUAACAGUGUGUCAUAUAACUGGCACCUUAAUAA